AACACAGACAUUCAUUAACACAUUCCCCUCACACAACUUCAAAAUUUCCAGUUCACAGUUCCCAGCUCCCGUUUUUCCGUAUUUUUCAAGUUCAGCUCCAUAAAGUAAUAGAAUGUGCGGUGGCUGGGCCUGUGCUUCGUAUGCGAUUGCCUGCAAUCAUCAUCGCCUCUCGCCGAUGCGAUUCACGGGUCGCUGUUUCGCCCCCACUCCCUGUGGACCCUAUGACAGCUGUUCGCCCUGUUGUGGCGGCGGUUGCUGUGGCGGUGGCUGCCCCGGUGGCUGCGGGUUUUAA